AUGAAUGAUGGAAAAGACCAUAGUCAAGAUAAUGAGGUCAAUCGCGAUUUGUUUCUGGAUUUUGAGCAAGUUUGCACUACUAAUCGCAUAACUCCGGUGCAAGAGGAAUAUAGUUGUGGAUUGGUGGGAAUUGCAAAGCAACCUAUACAACAGAUUGCUAAUGAUCGGAGCGUGAACAAGAACGGUGGUCCACCCAUUUUCCGGAUCAAUGGCCAGAACUUCCAUUACAUUGGUAGUCUCCUGCUGGUGGACGCGAGAAAACCACAUUUUGCACAGUUGUAUAUAUAUGAUACUAAUAAUGAACUUAGUAAUCGUAUCAAUGCUGUGAGGCAAAAUGGUGACCAAAAUGGCAUCCAUGUUGAGAUUGUGAAUGAUAUUCAACAAGUUUUGGAUACCAGUAAUGUCUUAGUCAAGUCAUUCCGCAUGGCACGAUCUGAGCUGCAAAAUAAUCCGCUGGCCGAGGUAAAAAUUAAAUUGCUUGGGAAGAGAUCAAAGGAUGCAAGAACAUACAAUUUGCCGCAGGUUUCGGAAGUUGCAGCCUUAAUUGUGGGUGACAUUGAUACAAAUAUUGGAGAACGUGACAUUAUGGUCGAAACCAAGAGCGGCCUGUUGCAACGAAUUAGUGAGUUGAAUCCAGCAUACCUCCCAAUGCAAUACCCUUUACUCUUUCCGUAUGGUGAGGACGGAUACAGGGAAGACAUUCCCUUCUCUACAUUAAAAGGAAACACAAGUGCUGGCCGUCAAAGGAUAAGUCCUCGAGAAUAUUUUGCAUACCGUAUACAGACAAGGUUAUCUGAGGUAUCUACUUUAUUGCAUUCAAAGAGGUUAUUCCAACAAUUUUUGGUAGAUGCCUAUACAAUGGUUGAGUCAGGAAGGUUAAUCUAUAUAAGGACACAUCAAAAAAGUUUGAGGUGUGAAUCGUAUAAUUGCUUGAAUGAUGCAUUAACACGCGGUGAAGUUGACCCCACUACUCAAGGAAAGAGGAUAAUAUUGCCUUCAAGUUUUACAGGGGGUGCUAGAUACAUGAUUCAAAAUUAUCAGGACGCUAUGGCUAUAUGUAGAUUGGUUGGAUAUCCAGAUCUGUUUAUCACAUUCACCUGCAACCCGAAAUGGCCCGAGAUACAACGCUUCUUGAAGGAUCGAAAGUUAAAAGCUGAAGAUCGUCCUGACAUAAUAUGUAGAUUAUUCAAAAUGAAAUUGGAUGCUGUAAUCUCAGAUUGUCGGAAGAACAAGUUAUUUGGGCCAGUGAUGGGAGUUAUAUAUACCAUAGAGUUCCAAAAAAGAGGUCUGCCGCAUGCUCAUAUUCUGCUGUUUCUUGAUAAAGUCAAUGGAUAUCAUACUGUUGACAAUUUGGACAACAUUAUUUCCGCUGAGCUGCCUGAUCAAGAAGCUGACGCAGAAUACUUCAGAGCAGUUGAGGAGUUUAUGAUGCAUGGACCUUGUGGGAAAGCCAGAUUGAGUUCUCCCUGUAUGGCAAAUGGUAAAUGUACUAAACAUUUUCCCAAAAAGUUUGUUAAUUGCUCAACUUUUGAUGAGGAUGGCUAUCCUAUAUAUCGGAGAAGAGACAAUGGUCGGUCUGUGACGCGCAAUGGGAUUGACUUGGAUAAUAGGUACGUGGUACCACACAAUAGGCAUUUGUUGUUAAAGUAUAGGGCUCAUAUUAAUGUCGAAUGGUGUAAUCAGUCCCGUUCAAUCAAAUACCUAUUCAAGUACGUGAACAAGGGUCAUGACAGGGUAACAGCAGAGUUUUACAGAACCAGCAAUGAUCAAGUUGUUGCCCAAGUUCUGGAUGAAAUUAGUAUGUACUAUGAUUGUAGGUACAUAUCUCCGUGUGAAGCAUCGUGGCGGUUGUUCGGUUUUGAUAUACAGUUUAGGACACCAUCAGUGGAAAGAUUAAGCUUUCACUUGCCGAACCAACAAAGUGUUGUUUUCGCAGAUGAUGACCCCGUUGAUAACAUACUCAGUCGGCCAACAAUCUUGCAAAGCAUGUUCCUAGAAUGGUUCGAGGCAAAUAAAAACUUCCCAGAAGCAAGAAAGUUGACAUAUGCUGAAAUGCCAACAAAGUUUGUCUGGAAGAAAGAUAUUCGAAAAUGGCAGCCCAGAAAAAGAGGAUUCUCUAUAGGUAGAGUUUUCUAUGUGCCUCCUGGAUCAGGGGAAAUCUUUUAUUUAAGGUAUCUGUUGAAUAAGGUCAAAGGUCCGACAAGUUAUUUAGAUAUAAAAACAGUGGAUGGCGUCCAAUAUGAUUCUUUUAGGGAUGCGUGUUGUGCAAGAGGAUUAGUAGAUGAUGACAGGGAGUAUGUUUAUGCUAUAGAAGAAGCAAGUCAUUGGGCCACAGCUGUGAAUCUUAGAAGAUUAUUUGUCACUCUCUUGAUGACUAACUCAAUAGCAAAACCAGAGGUGGUUUGGGAGGCUGCGUGGAUUCAUUUGUCAGAUGAUGCACAAUUCAAGAUUAGAGAACAAUUGGGAAAAUCAGAUUGGAUUAUAUCUGAAGAUGAGAAGAAGAAUUUUGCACUUACGGAGAUUGAAAUAAUGCUUUCAGCUAUGGGAAAAAGUUUGAAAGACUUUCAGGGGAUGCCGAUACCCGAUUUAGUUAAUCACUGCAGAACAACCAAUCGGUUGAUACAGGAGGAAUUGGCAUAUGAUACUACUGCAAUGAAGGAAGAGAAUGAUGCUUUAGUGGAUAAACUAACUGAAGAGCAAAGAAAAAUAUAUGAUAAUGUUUUGAAAGAUGCUGAGAAUAAUCUUGGAGGACUAUUUUUUGUUUAUGGAUAUGGUGGAACGGGUAAAACAUUCUUGUGGAGAGCAUUAUCUUCUGCUAUAAGGUCAAAGGGAGAGAUAGUACUGAAUGUUGCAUCAAGUGGCAUAGCUUCCCUUCUAUUACCAGGUGGUAGGACUGCACAUUCAAGGUUUGCCAUUCCGAUCGCUGUUAAUGAAGAUUCAACCUGCAAUAUCAGCCAAAACAGUCCUUUAGCACAAUUGAUCGUGCAAAGUAGGCUGGUCAUUUGGGAUGAGGCUCCAAUGAUGCAUAAAUUCUGUUUUGAAGCGUUGGACCGAACUAUGAGAGAUAUAAUGCGUGUCAAAAAUCAUAACAGCUUCGAUAUGUCGUUUGGUGGAAAAACAGUGGUGUUAACAAAAAACCUAAGGCUUAGAUCUUUGAGAUCGGAUAGUGAAGUUCAAGAGAUUGCUGAUUUUGCCAAGUGGAUUGCUAAUAUAGGUGAUGGAACCAUUGGUGAUUCAAUGGAUGGAGAAUCUGAGAUACAGAUUCCUGAACAAUUUUUGCUCAGUUGUGGAGAGGAUCCUAUUGCUACCAUUGUUGAUAGCACUUUCCCGUUGUUUCGCAAUGGCCACAGAGAUAAUGAGUACUUAAAAGAUCGUGCCAUACUUGCACCGACUUUGGAUGUUGUAGAUACAGUCAACGAAUACAUGAAUGACUAUAACAAUGCUGAAGGAAGGACCUAUGUCAGUUGUGACUCCGUAUGCAAAUCUGAUUCUAAUGUUGACAUGCUGGCGGACCUGCACACACCGGAGUUUUUAAAUGGAUUACGAUGUUCGGGAGUUCCAAAUCACUCAUUGACUCUCAAAGUUGGCUCGCCAGUGAUGCUGUUAAGAAAUAUUGAUCACUCACUGGGGUUGUGCAAUGGUACAAGGAUGAUUAUUUCAAAGUUAGCGGAUCAUGUUUUAGAAGCUAAAAUACUCUCCGGAUCAAGUGCUGGUACGAAGCCAGGGCCAGACACUAUCCAAUGUGGGUUUGUUUUUGAAGAGGCCGGUUUUUAA